AUGACGAGUGUGUCACGAUAUUGCCUCACACGAAGCGGCACCAAUAUUCAUUAUAGCUGUGCAGGUAGUCAGCAAGGCCGUCUCGCAUUAUUGCUGCAUGGACUAGGCGGCUCGACAGCGACAUUUCAACGUCUCCUUCCAUCAAUCCCGUCGGAUUACCAGAUCGUCAGCGUUGAUAUAGAAGGGUUUGGAAAGUCGGCUCUCAAUCCAGAAACACCUCUGUCCUUUGCACGAUAUGUCGCCGACUUACACGAUCUCAUCACACAUUUGCAAGAACAUUCUCCGACCCUUGCGAUCGAGGAUGCCGCUGGUAACAGCAGCAGCAGCAGCAGCAGCAACAGCAGAGCCAGCGACAAUGGAAAUGUCCUGCUCAUCGGACACUCGCUCGGCGGCAUUAUCAGCCUUCAUUACGCCGCCAGUUAUCCGGGCAAAGUGGCAGGACUUUUGCUGCUGGGUGUAGGCCGUUCGAUCAAAGGGAUACCACCUGCUCAGCAGCGGAUGCGCGAUCUGGCAAAGGCAGCACGAGAAAAGGGCAUGAAAGUCGUAGGCGAGAUUGCCAUCGCGACGAAUUUGCCCGCGGAUCGAGAGAACGAAGUCGCACACCUACAAGAAGUGCGGGACGCAGUGGCCUCAUGCUCGGCUGAAGCCUAUGCGGCGACGGCUGAAGUGCUCGCAAGUGAUGAUCACUUAGAUCCGGAGUAUGGUCUGAUCAAGUGUCCGGCCGUCUUCGUCGCGGGUGACAAGGACGUGAUUAGCCCGCCUCAACGGUCGAAAGACAUUAGCAGUCUCCUUGGAGGACCGGCAGAGGUGGUAGUUGUCAGGAGUGGUCAUCAGAUGAUCUUACAGGACCUCAAAGGCGUACAGAUUGCUUUGACGAGAUUGCUCGCCAUGCUCUAG